AUGGUUCGUCGCAUCGCCAAUCAAGGCGAGCAAGAAAGGGUAAACACCAACCAAAUCAUGGACAUUGAUGCUACUACCCAAAUCACAACGGUACGUCUUCAUCGCCUGGACGAAGAACAUGAUCGAACAAUAGAGCACACCUUUUCCCUUCAGAAGGACAUUAACAUUGAUAGAGCCGAGGUAAGGGAGUUCCAAAAAAACCAAGCCGCAAUAGAGAGGCGCAUCAUCGAUGAUGAACAUCAAGUAGCUCAAGCUCGGACUUCCACAACAACAUACCAUGGUCCGCAGCGUACCACCCGCUCGGAGUAG